AUGGGUAGUUGUAUUUCAAAAUCGGACGUGGACGGCCCCCAGGCCGCCACUGGAAGCCCAGCAACAAGAAGAUCUGCUAGAGAAAGUCGAGGAUCCCAGAAAACCGGCGAAAAAGAGCAAAAUGAGCCCAGCAAGGCCUCUGCGGCCCCGAAAACUGACUCUUCUGCUCUUGAAGGCCGCAAACAAAACAGUAACUUGACCAAACCGCCUGCUGCAGGUGCCGCCACUGGCAAGCGGCAGCAGUCGGUGGUGUCUACCAACAGUGCACAGUCCACAGGUCCCUCGCUCGGCUCUUUGUCAAAGUCCGGCGGUGGAUCCACGGACUCCAGCAAAGCGCUCAAGGUGCUGCUUCUGGGUUCCGGUGAGUCCGGCAAAUCUACGGUGCUUCAGCAGCUCAAAAUCAUACAUCAAAACGGGUUCUCUCCUGAAGAGCUGGCCGAGUACCGUCCUUUCAUCUACGACAACAUUGUAGAGACCGGGAAAGACCUGGUCAACGCGCGCAUACGCUUUGAGGUACCUCUAGAAGCCGACUCGGGCCUGCAGGAAGACGAUCUUCAGGUCAUUCUCAACUACAAUACCCCGGGGUCCCAGCUGGCUGAGUUCCCAACCUCGUUGAUCGAUAUUUUGGCAAAGAUUUGGUCGUUACGUUCCACGCAGGACUUGCUUACGGGUAAACACAGGUCCUCCUUCUAUCUUAUGGACUCGGCUCGCUACUUCAUGGACGACUUGCAAAGAAUUGCCAACGUUGGCUAUACACCUACUGUCAGGGACGUGUUGCUGUCCAGAAAGAAGACUUCAGGAAUCUUCGAUACCGUCGUUGAAAUGGACACCAAUCUCAAACUACACAUUUACGACGUUGGUGGCCAAAGAAGUGAGCGCAAAAAGUGGAUUCACUGCUUUGAUAAUGUCACUCUGAUUAUAUUCUGUGUGUCUUUGUCGGAGUAUGAUCAAACUUUACUGGAAGACAAGUCUCAAAAUAGGCUUGAAGAGUCUCUGAUACUAUUCGACUCUGUUGUCAAUAGCAGAUGGUUUGCAAGGGCAUCUGUGGUUCUCUUCUUGAACAAGAUUGAUGUAUUUGCCGAAAAAGUUCAACAUGUGCCUUUGGAGAAUUACUUUGCCGACUAUGCUGGUGGCAAAGAUAUUAAUAAGGCUGCCAAAUAUAUCUUGUGGAGAUUUGUGCAGCUGAAUAGAGCGCACUUGAACAUUUAUCCGCAUGUCACACAGGCUACUGAUACUUCCAACAUUAAGCUUGUAUUUGCCGCCAUCAAAGAAACCAUUUUGGAAAACAGUUUGAAAGACUCUGGUGUCUUAUGA